UUCCCAGACUCACUUCUCCAAAGGGACAUUACUGAUAUGCUGGUUGAUGAAGUUGCAGAUGGCUAUCAGAGACAGUCGCCACUUAGCCCUGAGGAGAUAGACUUUCUGAUGAUGCAGAGACCAGUCCUUCCUGACUUUUCCAAAGUGAUGGUUGCAGGCUCUUCAGACAUGACCCAGAGAGAAGUCACAAACUUUCACCCUGAGAACGUCCCAAUAGGUCCCCCAGUGUUUGGCCCUCGCUCCGCUGGACCCAGGACAGGACCAGAGGUUGAUUUUCCACCAGCCUUUCCGAAUACUGGCAAUCUGCAAGAUAUCUGUCAGUUUAGUAAAGCUCCAGUCCGGUACCCUAAGGACAUGUUUCCUUCGAGUGGCUUUGGUAAUGAGGCUCGACGGGGUGAUGCUGUCAAUCAACUUCAGUCCUGGUACAGUGUCUGCUGUGGCAUUAAUGGGACAGAGGAAGAGCAAAUCUGUUGUGCUGAACAAGCGUGGAAGAAGAGUCUGUCUGCCUACUGUUCUCGGGAAUUCACCAUAAAGACCAGCCACUACUUUUGCUGCAAGAAAAAUGGAAGGGCACGAUGGAGCUGUUUUGAUAAGGAGGCUUCAGAUUCUUCUUAUCAAGUUUCCUCCGAGAUUUUAAAUGGCAAUGCUUCACAGAAGUCUCAAGGCUUCAAAUAUAACUCCAGCGCUUGCAAAGGCUCAUUGGCUUCUCCAAAAGCACUAAAGAAGCAGACUGCAGCUCCAGACCUCACUUUUCCACCUGGGCAUCCUGAGUCCUCCAACAUUGCAAAUAUUUGUGCUCAUCGCAAGAUCCGACCACGAUACAUCACUAGUUGUCUUCCUCACACUGGCUACGGCUGGCUGAUCCGCCAGUCCAAGGCCAUCAAUAUCCUGGAGAGAGAAUAUAACCGGUGCUGCAAGGAGAAAAAAGGUGUACAAAGCUGUGCUGAACAGAAGUGGAAGAAGAUGGUUGAUAAGUUUUGUAAAGAUGAGAAGAAAAGCAAAAGACAGCAGUUUGAGUGCUGUGAAAAGAAGAAAGGAGAAGAGCAGUACGCCUGUUUCGCAUCUGCUGCCCCUGAUCCAGGAUACAGUUCCACUGAUGGACAACUAAGCUCCUCUGCUGCCCCUCCAACACUCCAUACAUUCUGUGAUGUACAUACAACUAUCCAGAGCAUGAAGGGUUUCCCAUUUUCUCUAGAAAACAUGGCUGAACGGUGCUGCCUUCUAGCGGCACAGGAGAGACCUGCAUGUAUAGAGGCAGAGUUUGGCAGCCACCUGAAUGAAGUGUGUAAAACAAAGGAGCUGAUGAAACAUCACUGUUGUUCCUCUGAAAUCAAAAACCAUGUCAAAUGUGCUACAAAGCUGCUUCUGCGCCAUAUUGGCAAGGCAAACAAGGUCAAAGAAAGUGGCAGAAAGAAAUGCCCACUAAACAUUUAGUUGUAUGUCUGAGGCAGAGCCUAGAUCCCUGCUAAUAUGAAUGUAGGUCAGUUUAUGCAGAGAGCAUACAUUUCAAUUCAUUCGUUUUCCUUCAGCUUCCUUCAGUCUCUAUUUCAGACAUCACCACAGCGGAAUGAACCGCCAACUAUUCCAGAAUAUGUUUUACGCAGCGGAUGCACUUCUAGCUGCAACUCAGCAUUAGUAAACACCCAUACACACUCAUACACUACAGCCAAUUUAGUUUAUUAAAUUCACCUAUAGCGCAUAUCUGGACUGUGGGGGAAACCGAAGCACCUGGAGCAAACCCACGUGAACAUUGGGAGAACAUGCGAAUUUCACACAGAAAUGUCAACUGGCCAAACUGGGAGUCGAACCAGUGACUUUCUUGCUGUGAGACGACAGUGUUAACCACUGAACCAGUGUGCCAACUCCAUACAUUUCAAUGUACAUUUAAAUUGAAUCAAACCUGUACCACGUUCCUAUUGUUGAUGUUUUGUUUUUAUAUGCAUACUACACCUAUAUUUCUUUCAGAGUGCUUUAUUAAUUACUGAGAGAUGUUUUUCAUCAUUUAUCAUAAAAAACAUCUAUGCAGACAUAUUUUAGGUUGUGUAUAUUAUAAAUAAAGUAUUUUUAAAAUCUUC